CAGGCUUUUGUUUUCAAUUUACUGUCAAACAUAUUCGGCAACAGAUUCCACCACUAGCAACAAUGAACGCUUUAAACAAGCUAAAGUUUGCAAAUUUUCUUCCCCAUCGUCGCUUGAACCACACCCUCCCGGAACUGCCGUACGAGUAUUCCGCACUGGAGCCCACGAUAUGCCGCGAGAUUAUGGAGUUGCACCAUCAGAAGCACCACGCCGGCUACGUAGAAGCGUACAACACAGCCGAGGAACAGUUACGUGAAGCGCUCGUCAGCUGCCGUCCCUCCGAGGUCAUUCAACUCGGUAGCGUUCUGCGAUUCAACGGCGGUGGCCACAUCAAUCACUCGCUAUUUUGGGAGAACCUCUCCCCGCACUGUACGGCACCGUCGAAGGCACUGGAGAGUGGAUUGAAGCAAAAUUUCUACAGCAAAGAAGACUUCAAACAAUUGAUGCGCGACUCGGCGUUGGCAGUGCAGGGAUCCGGCUGGGUUUGGCUGGGGUGGCACAAACCGACGAAGAUGAUGAAGGUGACUGUUUGCAGUAAUCAGGAUCCUUUGGAAGCAACCACCGGUCUAAUGCCACUGCUUGGAAUUGACGUAUGGGAGCAUGCAUAUUACAUUCAGUACAAAAAUGAUCGCGCAAAGUACUUCGACGCUUUGUGGGAGAUUAUAAAUUGGAAGGAAGUUUCAAAGCGAUAUGAAAAAUUGAGAUGCAUGAUUGAAAAGUAACAUUUAGAAAAAAUAAUAAAAUUAGAUUCAUUUUGUU